CCAACCAGAUUCGUUCCGCCAUUUUUGUUUUCAUUGUUGUUUAUACUUUGUAUGAAGAAUUCUAUUCAAAUUAAAUCGGUGUUAAUCCCAGUGUUUUUCAAAAAUUGUGCAUUUUAUGAUAAAUAGUUGUAUUUGCCAACAUUUAAUAUGUCAAUCGGAGUUCCUAUUAAAGUCCUGCACGAAGCAGAAGGUCAUGUAGUAACUUGUGAAACAAUUACCGGCGAAGUUUACCGAGGAAAGCUGAUAGAAGCUGAAGAUAAUAUGAAUUGCCAAAUGACGCUAGUUACUGUAACGUAUCGAGAUGGUCGUGUGGCUCAGCUUGAGAAUGUUUACAUCCGAGGUUCUAAGAUAAGAUUUUUAAUAUUACCUGAUAUGUUGAAGAACGCGCCAAUGUUCAAAAGACAAGGGAAUAAACCUAGUGCAGGACGUGGUAAAAGCGCGAUAUUACGGGCACAAGCUGCUGGUCGAGGCCGAGCGAGUGGAAGAGGCGGGGGGCACAGAGGCGGCUGGCAGGGUGGGUCAGGACCCUCUCGCCGCUAACAUUUUGUCUAGUUCAUACAUUAAGAUUAUACCAGUUCUUUAGUAAUAAGAUAUGUGAUUUCUACAUUCUCACUGGUAGGAAAUAAACCAUUUCACACUUGAAGUGCAGAUUUUACACAGAGUGUAAAAUAAUUCUUUAAUUGUAAAAUGAUACACUAAGUUGUUUAAACUACACAUGUUCAUGAUUUUCAGCCAAUUUUUCAAUUAUGUUUUUAAAGUAUGACUAACAAUAUUAAAUCACAGGAACUAUGAUAGCUAUUACUAUUUGCAUAAGCAAUCAAGUUGUACCAGCUGGGUGAUGGAAUUCCAUCAUUAUUGAUAGCGACAAAACUAUUGGAUAUCUUGAAGAUUCUCAUAUACAUAAAUCUUCAGUUUAACAGUUAAAACUUAUUUAUCUUAUAUGAAAAACUAGUGAGUGAAUGGUGAUAUUGAAGUGUAAAUUUAGCCAUAGAUUUUGUUUGUGGUUAUGUGAUGUCUUAUGUUGUAUUAAGGAUUCAGUUUCAAUAAAAAUACAACUUUUCA